GAUACAUUUACACCACAACACACAACAACAAAAACACAAAGAAACCAGAAAAUGGCAGCACGAGCCACAACGUUCUAUGCUCUCUUACUAACCUCACUCCAACUCCUCCUAACAUGCCAAGUGUCUUUCGCCGCGGGAGGAAAAUGGAAUCUCCUUCUCCCCAACGUCGGAAUCUCAGCGAUGCACAUGCAGCUCCUCCGCAACGACCGUGUCGUAAUGUUCGACCGAACCAACUUCGGCCCAUCAAACAUCUCUCUCCCGAACGGUAACUGCCGUAACAACCCACAAGACCCUAUCUCCAAAAUCGACUGCACAGCUCACUCCAUCGAGUACGACGUUGCAUCAAACACCAUCCGUCCCUUAACAGUACAAUCCAACACAUGGUGCUCCUCCGGUUCGGUUAGACCGGACGGUGUUCUCGUUCAAACCGGUGGAGAUCGGGACGGCGAGUUAAAAGCUAGAAUCUUCUCCCCUUGUAAAGACAAACGAUGCGACUGGAUCGAGAUUAACAACGGAUUAACAAAGAGAAGAUGGUACUCUUCUAAUCAUAUCCUCCCCGACGGUAAACAAAUCGUCAUCGGAGGCCAAGGACAAUUCAACUACGAGUUCUUCCCCAAAACGACAUCUCCUAACGUUAUCGCGUUACCGUUUUUGGCCGAGACUAACGAUAGAGGAGAAGAGAAUAAUCUCUAUCCUUACGUUUUUCUCAACACCGAUGGUAGACUAUUUAUAUUCGCUAAUAACCGUGCGAUAUUACUAGACUAUGUUAAAAACACGGUGGUGAAAACUUAUCCGGCGAUUCCCGGCGGUGAUCCGAGGAGCUACCCGAGCACUGGCUCAGCCGUGUUACUACCGUUAAAGAAUCUUGAAGCGGUUAAAAUCGAUGCGGAGGUUCUGGUGUGUGGAGGUGCACCUAAAGGAUCGUACCUCCUCGCUUUCAGAAGGAAAACGUUCGUGAAAGCGCUUGAUACGUGUGCGAGGAUCAAGAUUAACGACGAGAAUCCACAAUGGAUGGUGGAGAAGAUGCCACGUGCUAGAGUCAUGGGAGACAUGACGCUUUUGCCUAAUGGAGAUGUUUUGAUUAUCAACGGUGGUGCUUCUGGCUCAGCUGCAUGGGAGCUUGGUCGUGAACCGGUUCUCGUACCGGAUGUGUACCAUCCCGAGAAUCCGGUUAACUCGAGAUUUGAGUCGCUUAACCCGACUACAAUACCGAGAAUGUAUCACUCCACGGCGGUUCUUCUCCGUGACGGUAGAGUUCUCGUUGGAGGAAGCAAUCCUCACGCGUUCUAUAACUUCACCAAUGUGCUUUUCCCGACGGAGCUAAGCUUGGAGGCUUUCUCUCCGGGUUACCUAGAACCGGAGUUUGCGAAACUUCGUCCAAAGAUUCAGUCUCCUAAAUCGCAAGUAAUGAUUACGUAUAGGAUGAACUUGAAGCUGAAGUUUAAGGUCGCAGGAGAAGUCAAGGGUCCGGUUAAAGUAACGAUGGUGUUUCCGUCGUUCACGACGCAUUCAUUUUCGAUGAAUCAAAGGCUUUUGGUUUUGGAUAACGUUACGUUUAAAAGAUCUGGUAAAUCGACGAACUAUGAGGUUGAAGUGAAGACUCCAAGAUCGGCGAAUAUAGCACUGCCUGGUUAUUAUAUGGUGUUUGUUGUGAAUCAAAACAUACCAAGCGAAGGUAUUUGGGUAAGGCUACAAUAAUUCAUAUAUAUUCAUUCUUCUGUGUUUGUUUUACUUAAUAUAAAAAGGAUGCCUCAUUAAUUAUUUGAAGGCUUGUAAAGUUUUAUUUGGAUGAAUUAUUGUAUUUGAUUAUUGACAAACAAUUCAAAUGAAUUGUUUUUGUUGUGUGUUCUCUAUUUGAUGACAAUCAAUUAAUUGGAAACUCAGUCCACUUUCAUGUCUGAUUAUGGUUAGCAAAAAGUAUCUUGUCGGUGCAUAUCAUAUU